AGCAUGGCGUAUAAAUAAGGGCGAGGGGAAGGCGGUGGUCCGCCAUUUCGUGGACGCCGGGGAGGUGCGGGGACCUGUGGAGCCGGGCGGAGGGGAGCCGGGGAGCCGUCCGAGGGUGUGUGGACUUCAGCCGCCGCGUUUCUCACUCCAGAUCUCGAAAUGCAUCGUGAUUCCUGUCCAUUGGAUUGUAAGGUUUAUGUGGGAAAUCUUGGGAACAACGGUAACAAGACUGAGCUGGAACGGGCUUUUGGCUAUUAUGGGCCACUCAGGAGUGUGUGGGUUGCUAGAAACCCUCCCGGCUUUGCUUUCGUGGAGUUUGAAGAUCCCCGAGAUGCAGCCGAUGCUGUCCGAGAGCUAGACGGGAGAACACUAUGUGGCUGCCGAGUAAGAGUGGAACUGUCGAAUGGUGAAAAGAGAAGUCGAAAUCGAGGCCCGCCUCCCUCUUGGGGUCGUCGCCCUCGAGAUGAUUAUCGGCGAAGGAGUCCGCCACCUCGCCGCAGAUCUCCAAGACGGAGAAGCUUCUCCCGUAGCCGGAGCAGGUCCCUUUCCAGAGAUAGGAGAAGAGAGAGAUCACUGUCUCGGGAGAGAAAUCAUAAGCCGUCUCGAUCCUUCUCUAGGUCUCGGAGCCGAUCUAGGUCAAAUGAAAGGAAAUAGAAGACCAGUUUGCAAGAUGAGUGGUGUACAGGAAAUAACUUCAUUUGACAGGAGUAUGUACAGAAAAUUCAAGUUUUGUUUGAGACUUCAUAAGCUUGGUGCAUUUUUAAGAUGUAGCUGUUCACAUUUGUUUGUCUUGGAACAGUGACACACAAAGAUGUAAUUCUCUAUGGUUUGAUAUGGAUCAUAUGAGGCAUGUAAUAUCAAGAAUUGUUACUUUACAAUGUUCCCUUAAGCAAAAUUGAGUUUGCUUUGAACUUCAGUCUUGCGUAGACUGAUAAUAAACCUCUUAACUUCUGCCCAGCUAACGUGUGAUGUUGAAUAUUGUGGAAACAAAACUGGCAAAAUUUGGAUUUAAGACUUUCCAUAGCUGUGACCUAAUAUGCAGCUGUAGUUGGACAGGCAGUCUUCAAAAGCUGCUGUGAACACAAGCCAGCAGCUAAAAAUUAAAGCUGCACUCUUAAACUUAGAUUAGAGGAUUUAAAAAAAUCCAACACUGGGCAGAUGUCCAGUUAGUGUAGAAUCUAAGUUAAAGUUUUAAGAAAGUUAGUUUACCUUUGCUUUCGGUCAUAAAUUUCUUAAGUGAUUGCUAUAUAUGAAUACAUGGCUAUUGGUAACAUUCUUCACUUGGAAAUUUGAGACUAUUCAAGAUACCAGUUUCCUGCCAGUUUAAGGGUACAUUGUAGAGCUGAACUUUGAGUUACUGUGCAAAAUUUUUUUUCAUGCUGUCAUUUGUAAUAUGUUUUGUGAGAAUCCUUGGGAUUAAAGUUUUGGUUACAAAUUGUUGUUUAACCUGAAA